AGCUUGUUUGAACUAAGAAGAAAAUUUUCAUUAUUUUUAUCGGCAAAUGACUAUUGCAUCGAAUAUCCUAGACCAGUGCCUCCAUAUAUUAAACUUGUAGGACCAAUUAGUGUUAAAGAUGCUGUACCUCUACCACCAAACUUUGAAGAAAUCAUGCAAAAUUCCCCAAAUGGUUUGAUACUGUUAUCGUUUGGCAGUGAACUCCAACUAGGUGAGGAAAAUUUACCCGAAAUGAUACAAGGUUUAGGCCAGUUACCAUAUAGAGUAAUAUGGAAAACGCAUCAGAGUGUUGGUAAUUUACCAGACAACGUUAAAGUGGUUAAGUGGAUGCCCCAGAGCGAUAUCCUAGGACAUAAGAACACGGUUGCACUGAUUACUCAUUGCGGAGCAAACAGUAUGUAUGAAGCCGCUUAUCAUGGAAUUCCGGUCGUAGGAAUGCCAGCUAUGUUGGAACAGAAAGGAAAUGCUGUCAGAAUAGCAACAGCAGGCUUUGGAUUACGUGUUGAUUUCUAUUCGUUCAAAGCUAAAGACAUUGUCAAUGCUGUUACUGAAGUGACUAAAAAUAAAAAAUACAAAGAAGCAGCAAUCAAAAUUUCUACGAUCCUUAAGAGCAGGCGUCGGCCAGGAAAGGAUGCUAUUGUCGACUGGACCGAAUAUGUCAAAGCAACUGAUGGUGCUCAUCAUCUAAAAGUUCACGGCGAGACACUGUAUUUUUACGAACUUUACAAUUUAGACGUUCUCUUGCUUGUUGUU